ACGGGAAUUUCAUCGACUCUUUCGACUCUCUCUGCGUUAUCUUUCUCGAUUUUUCUCUCGCUCUGUUGCUGAGAACUUCGGAAGAAAAGGGAUGCAGAUCUUCGUCAAAACCCUAACUGGCAAGACGAUCACGCUCGAGGUCGAGAGCAGUGAUACCAUCGAUAAUGUCAAAGCCAAGAUCCAGGACAAAGAAGGUAUCCCACCUGACCAGCAAAGGUUAAUUUUUGCUGGUAAGCAAUUGGAUGAUGGUCGAACACUUGCAGAUUAUAACAUCCAAAAGGAGUCAACCCUUCACCUGGUCUUGAGGCUCAGGGGAGGUACUAUGAUUAAGGUCAAGACUUUGACAGGGAAGGAAAUUGAGAUUGACAUUGAGCCAACUGACACAAUUGAUCGUAUCAAGGAGCGGGUUGAGGAGAAAGAAGGGAUUCCUCCUGUACAGCAAAGGCUCAUUUAUGCCGGCAAACAGCUUGGAGAUGACAAAACGGCCAAAGACUACAACAUUGAGGGUGGUUCUGUUCUCCAUCUAGUGCUCGCCCUGAGGGGUGGUUAUCUGUAAAAGCAUCUAUCACCUUCUGAAAUUCUGAAUUUUAAAGUUUUUAUCUUUGUUGGUGCUUGAUGAAUGCAUGAGCGGCAUCUUGCUUGUGUGGAUAGAAUGGAAAAUAUUUGAGCCCAGAAGUACUUCAGCAAUUACUCUGUAAUAGGAGAUUUCUCCUGUGUAUUUCCAUAUCUUUCCAAGUUCUCAACAUUUAACCAUUUGAUCUGCGUGGAAGAAGAAGUAUGUAAAAUUUAGUCCCAAAGUUUAUCAAUUUUUAUUGGGGAAUGGAGCUUAAUUAUCCGUUUGGCUAUACUUUA